AUGAAGAGGAGAUCGACAGUUUGUGGAUAUGAGUUUACGUGUGAGCCAUCAACAACGCCAACAACGAAAUCAUCAUCAUCAUCCUCAUCGUGCUUGUCUUCCACUUUAACGAAAACAACUUCAAUCUCCUCUAGAUCUUUAUCAAUUACGGAUAAGAGCGUUAUAAGGAAUUAUCAUUUACUACUUGAGUUGGUUAAUACUGAGACGCAAUACUACAACGACCUACGAAUACUGGUAAACGUUUACUUGGACAACCUACCCAAAGCCCUAUCCUAUCCAACUAGAAAUCUAAUCAAAAGAAAUAUUUCAUCUAUUCUCGCUUUACAUUCACGUAUAACGGCUUCUAUUAACAAAGUACUCGAUGAUGAGCACUUGCAGCUAGAUACCUUCACCAUUGGUCCUGGUUCUGCUAUUCACAAGCGCACAAUUGACAGAUGUACUGAUAAAGUUGCAAACAGCUUCAUCGAUCAAGCACCUUACUUCGACAUAUACAACGAAUUCUGCGCUAAUCACCCACGUGCCUUAUCGAAAUUAUCCUCCUCCUCUAACCUCCCCAUUUGGCAUCACUACGAGCGCAAAUGCUUUGUUUUAUCCCAACAAUUUCACCCACAAAACAACAAAUUACAAUUGAAAGACUACCUCAUCAAACCUAUUCAACGCGUCUGUAGAUAUCCUCUACUUCUAGACAGCCUCUCUAAAACCUCCAACCACAAAGACUCUCACAUUGAUCAAGCACUCCAUAUUAUGAAACAAGUCGCGAUGAAAGCUGAUCAAGCUAGACUUGAAUGUGAGCAACAGGAGAAAAGCCAACUCAUCGCUACUCGCUGUGAAGGCCACUCCAAUCUCUCCUCCCUCGAAAUUAACUCUUUUGGCACUGCAAAACUGGUUGGAGCACUAGAUGUUUUUGUACACAACUCAAAACUACCUCUAAUCCCUCCACUUAAAGUAAAGUACCUCGGCGCUUUUCUUUACGAACGCUUUCUUGUUCUCGUCAAAAUACGCAAAUCUACCAUCUAUGAACCCAGAUACUGGUUUCCUUUGGACUUAUGGCACGUCACUGAUGUUCCCUCUGGUGAUGGUCUCAUGCACCAUUCCUUUAGACUCUCCCUUCACCUACAACACUUCGAAUUCAGCUGCUGCUCCGACUCUGAAAAGCACAUCUGGAUGAAAGCCAUCAUCAACUCCAUCUCAACUAGUCGCAGGAUGUGGUCACAAGAUUACGUCAACUCCAUGUCUCACUCCAACUCAAUCAAGGCUCUCCCCACUAACGUCGCCUACUCUCUCGCCCACAGAAAACUAACUGCUCCUGUUUCAGCAACUGCUGAGGAUGUUGAGGAACAAUCCGCCCAACAAUCCCAGCACUUCCGUGUCUCAGCCCAAAAAAGGAACUCUCUGCCCAUCGCGACUGACGUUGAUCACUCCCCACAACCCCAACCUCAAUCCCAGUUACCCCAGGAGUUCCCCACACCUGCCACCUCUUUCACUUAUAAUCUUCUUCCCCCACCUGAGACUGCUCCUAGUAUCAACACUACUAGCAGUACCCGCUUUGUCUAUCAUAACGGUAACCCUGCUGAACCCCUCGUUCUCCGUCGCUCUCCUAGUGCACCUCGCGCUGCUGUCGACAAGUGCAUGUCUUCAAUACUCUCCGAGGAAAUCUCUCAGGCUCGUCACAUGGCUGCUUUAAAUCUACGCAGACCAGCUCGACCACGCAAGAUGCACUCUGUGCACGCCGAUCUCAAUAUGAUGGCAAAUCAAGAUCCCAACCCAUCUGCUAACAAUACGAACACUAUACACAAUUCAAAUACCGCAAAUACUACAAAGAAAGCUGAAGUGAAACGCAGGAGAAGUUUUGUGUACCUCGAUACCAAGGAUGGAACGAACAAUUCAUUUGGGGAUAUAUUCGAAGAUAGUGCAACGUCAUCCGCACCUGGCUCUACACACAGUCGACACAAGAAAACUCCUUCUCGGAUCGCUGAAAUGUACGGGCGGAAACGCAAGUCAUCUGCACCAACUUUAUCCAACGGUUUGAAUACAGGAGGUAAUAGUGAAACGAUGGCUAAUUUGUCAGAAUUGUCUGAUUGGUCGCUUAACGUGAGUGUAGAUGACAAGUUGAAGCAUCGUCGCAAGUUGGGACACUCAUUCAGUAGCCGCUUCAGCUCAUUUGGCGACUCGAUCAAAAACUUUACACCAGGUAGUGCCAACAGCAGUCCACUGAGCACACCGACUGCCAUAUAUGCAACUGAGGGCGCACCUAUUCCACCACCUGUUCAAAGUGUAGCCGGGGUGAGGCGUAACAGUCGCAGUUUCAGUGGAUUGAAAAACACUCUGACCCUCAAGAGCAGUGCGUCAGAGCAAAACUUGGCUAAACACAAAAACCCCAAUGCUAGCAAACUGUCAGAGACAGAGGCGCUUUAUAUCAAGUACUUACAAGGCGACAUUGGUCCACCUGAAGAAUCUCCUGAUGAAGAUAAGCAGCAAGACAAAGACAAGGACGAGAGACCUGCAGUCAGACGCAGUUUUACCUUUUCGCAUGGAAAUACGGAUGUCAGUGAGAAUGCAGAUGUGAUUACGGAUACUGAAGUGGAUAACACUAUUACCCAAAACCGCACCAAACAACGUCUCAGCGACUCGUCCCAAGAACGUGGAAGGGGACAAGGUCGAGUGAGAGUGCAGCAACCGCGGGCUGUGUCGGCAUCUAGUGCGGUAGGUGCGGUGAGCAAUGGUAAUGCACAUGCACACGGCAGCAAUCACAAGCGGUCCCGCUCACGUUUCUCAAUGCUCAUGCUACCCAGGCAGCGUGAGAGGGAGAAGGAGAGAGAGCCGAUAAGUGAGCUUGAGAAAGACCACGAAGGUGCACUGAAAGGUCUUCAACUCAACACGGACACCCCACAGCUAGAUCUUCCUGGCGAUGUCGGGCGCAUGUCUCCCAUCAAUAAGUUCUUCAUAUUUGGACAGAGUCAGAGCGAUAGUGAGGGUUCGCCUGACGCUUUCAAACCCAGCUCGAGAAAAUCGAAAAACAGACGCAUCUCGCCUGCUGCUAGCCUCAGUAGCGCCCAUCAACACUUGCCUGUCCACCCAUUACAACCUCCUCAGCCACACUUUCGCGGUAAAAGAACGGACCACUCCGCUCCAGCAUUGUCGCGCACUUCGACUGAAGCGUCGCACGCAGGUGCUCCGCAGCUCCCAAAGCUCGUUAUCGGCGAGGAUGGUGGUGCAGAAUGGCGCCAGAGAGUGAGGCAAAGGGAGCAUGAGAAAAAGGCAAUGGAGGAGGAGGGAGGAGUGAAUGAUUUUGGUCCGCAGAAUGAACACAUGACGCAGAUGACGCAGAGCAAUCAGAACAAUAUAACCAAUCCUAAUACUCCUGAGACAGGUACUGCUGGUGAGACGCCUAAAUCCACUAAACAAAAAUCAUCGAACAGAUCGGGCGUCUCAAAAAGCUCGCCUAAUCUUCUCUCCAGACUGAAUUCGUUUAGCUCGAACAAAUCUAAAAAGAGCAAAAAGGGUAAAGAUUCAUCGGCUUCUACCCCCGUUUCUGCCACUUCUGAAAAUGGCGACGAGCAGUCUAACAGUGGCACGCUCAAUCGUAAAAAGAGUCUCAAGGCUUUCCUCACUAAGAUGAACUUCACGCGCGUUUGA